AUGUCCACCUUUUUUGACGGUAAAAAAUCGUUCACUGAAGUUCCAGUUAAUUCAAAUAAGAUUGACACCUCUGAAUUUUUGCUUGCAACUGAAGAUUUAAUCAAGUUAUUUGAUUUAUUGGGCUCUACUGCUUUCAAUGUUGUUCAGAGUGAUAUGACCGGUAAUGUCAAAAAAAUUAGAGACUUCUUGUUGAAAAAUCCUUCAUCUGCCACCACUUUACAAGAUAUCGUUUUAGCUGAAAAAGCAGGAAAGGACAAAACAGCUACCCAAGGUUUAUUAUGGUUAUCAAGAGGUUUGCAAUUCACUGCUCAAGCCAUGAGGGAAACUGUUGACAAUCCCUCAAAGGAAAUGACCGAAACCUUUACUAGUGCUUAUAACAAAACUUUGGUUAAAUAUCAUAAUAUGUUCGUUAGACCAGUUUUCAAAUUGGCUAUGAAAGCAUGUCCAUACAGAAGCGACUUCUUUAAGAAAUUAGGUGAAGAUCAAGCAAAAGUUAUGGCUCAAUUAUUAGCUUGGUUGGCUGCUUUGGAAAAUAUUGUUCAAAUUAUCUUUGAUUUUUACAAAUCUGGCAAUUAUGGUAAAGGUCUUUAA